AUGCCCGGGAAUCUAUAUAAUAACUCCCGUGAACUGGCUCGGAGCGGACUGCACCCCCUCAAUGAUUUCUCCUCGUCGGGUCCUCUCUCGCCUCCGUCCGAAGGCGGCUCGCCAACCCAACCGUUCGCUACAUGGGCCAAACCAUCCCGCCAACAUUUCAACCUCAGUCUGAACAUGUCCUCCAGUCCCUACACCCGUCAGUCCCUGGCGGUGGGCCAUCACUCGCCGCUGGAGCUGGACACCGACCCUUACCUGUCGGCGCAAUCCGAUCCCGAAGAAAGUGACUUCCAUGCCAGCGCUAUUCGACUCACUCCCGUCAAUGGCAGUCCUAAUCACAACUCCCCGCCGCGGGACGAGGCCCGCCGCCCCUCCGUCCAGUCGCAGGUUUAUUUGGCCCCAGGAGGGAAUGAUUAUCCGGACCCCAGUGCGAGCACCUCCUCGACGGACGAGACACACUUCCUCGCCCCAGCGGACGUUAUGGUGAACUAUGAUAGUCUGCAGAACGCAGGGACCUUGUCCUUCGGCGCAGGAGCGGGGCAGCCAAACGCAGCAGCGACUAGCCACGCGCAGUGGCUAUCAUCCAUUCCACUGGAUACGGCCCAGUUCCUGGACCCUGAGCACACUAUGCCCAGCCCAUCAUCUGUGCCGGAGACCGCAACGGCCCAAGGCGCGCCCCUCACACACGGUUCAUUUGCGGCACCGCAACUGUCCGGGCUGAGCUCCAAGCCAGCCCAUGGACCGUCCAGACUGACCGUCUCGACCACUCAGAUCGCGCAGAAUGAAUUGUCCUCUUCGUCCCCAAGAGGCCGAAGCCCCAUUAUCACCAUAUCAAGGACAUCACGAGGGGACUCUCCCAAUGAGCAUGCCCACGAACAACAACCCAGCCGAUCGCUGCUGUCACCCAUCGGGCCGGAGGAAAUGGCUAAUGGGUACGACGAAGAAGACGAUGAUGAGCACCACUCGGUCUCUUCUCUCUCCGUCGUGCCCUCGCACAACGGGACCUGGGUCCGGACCCCCACCGCGGCCCGUCGGGGCCUGGAUCCAUUCGCGCGAGGAAAUGAAUACGUGCCCAGCCCGAAUGAACUCCAGGGCCAGCGGGAACAAGGACAGAAGAACGUUGAAAUUAGCCGCUGGACCAAGACGGUGUCGGCGGCGAACAGUGAGGCCGGCGAUAGUCCUCCUGCCCUGUCCCGCGGACGCAAUCAAGCGCCCAAACGGAUCCGAGCGCUCAGCACGGGAGACCGGCCCCUCCAGCAAGUGGAUUAUUUUAAUUUGAAUGCGAGCGAUCGCUCGGUUCUGGGGCCCGGCCUCAUGUUGCAUGAGAGCAGCGACGAUGGCAUUGUGAGCGAGGAUGACUCGGAUGGCAGCACGGCGCCAGACUCGCUCCCCGCCCUCGCUGAUGAUCGUAGGUUGUAUGAUUACUCCACCCCUGGAGAGUAUACUUCACAGGAGGUCGCCUCGCCGGGGGAAAGCUUUCCUCUCUAUCCGUGGCAGGAUGCGCCGCGCGAUCCAGUGCGCAGGGCAGAGAUGAGGCAGCCCGGGAGCUCCGCGGCUGCAAUGUCAGCAUACGAGAAGCGCGCGAAGGAACAGGAUGCUGCCUCGAUCACGGCGACCAUCGACAAUAACAGCAUCAUCAACUUCAGCGCAACCUUUGAGCGUUCGUUGAGGAUUGACGCGCCGAAGAAACACGCGAGCUGGAGCAGUAGCUUUUUCAAACGAGGGGUCCAGCAGGCGCAGCAGAGAAUCAAACGGCAAGCUUCCGAUCUAUCCCUGUCGAGUGUACCCUCCAACGCCCAACAGGUGGGUGGCCCGGAGGUGCCCCCGCCCCAACCCCAGCGGAAGGAGAGCACCGGCUCGAGCUACCGACAUAGGCUGAGCUUGUCGUCGAAUAAGCAUGUACCGAGGCCGCACAUCCGGUCUCCGAGCUUGACCAACGCGCUCAUGUCCAUGACGGGCCAGAUGGCCGCCGUUGGCGGCAGUCACUCCGUUCAAGUGGUUUCUCCCCACGCAGAAGCUAGCCCCAAGGCCUUUCCAGCGAAAUGGGGCCGCGAUCGAGCGAGGAGUGAGGUGCCACGACCGACCACACCAGGCUUGGUGGAUCUCAUGACCACCCAUGGCGGUCCGCCAGUCGCCAGUCUCUCUCGCUACACUAAAGCAGAGCCGGAUGAGGACGAGCCGCGCACAAGCAUUGCGCCGUCGUUGGAGGUGCAUGUUGCCGAGGAUGAGGAUGACGUGGAGAUGGCUGGUGAUGAGAAGGGACUCGUGAUGGAGUUCCCAGCGAUCUCCCGGCUGCCUGUGCCCACCGUGGAAGGCUUCAAGUCACAAAUCAUGGAGCUGAAUCCGCGACUCAACCCCGCGCUGGUCAACCGCUUCGCGGGCGAGCAAGUGCGGCGCUAUCGCAAGCUCAUCGAGUACCAACAGAAGCACGCCGCGGCCGUCGCUAAGGGCUCGUGCAAAUCAGGCAAGUUCUGCUUCGCACUGGGUGGGCAGGCCGUUUUGCUGCCGCAGCGCAAGACAGCCGCCGACAUGGAGAGUGGCCAGACCCAGUUCCGCGUCACGGACAGCCGCGAUCCGUCAUAUACCCACGGCGAAGGGGCCGUGGCCGCGGCCCAGUUUCCCCCUGGCUUCGAGUGCCCCGUCUGUUUCCAAGUCAAAACGAUUCAGAAACCGUCCGACUGGUCCAAGCACAUUUUCGAGGAUGUGCAGCCCUUCACGUGUACGUUCCCCGGGUGCCCGGACCCGAAAUCCUUCAAGCGCAAGGCGGACUGGGUCCGCCAUGAAAGCGAACGACACCGCCAGCUGGAGUGGUGGCACUGCUCAUUAGCCGACUGCUCGCACAAGUGCUACCGCAAGAAUAACUUCCUCCAGCACCUGGUGCGCGAGCAUAAACUGCCUGAGCCCAAGUCAACUCCCUCGAAGGAGGUGGAUCGGCUGGUCGAGGAUUGCAAACAUCUCACCACGGACACCCCGGCCGAGGAGCCCUGCCGCUUCUGCGGAAAUAAUUGUGGCACCUGGAAGAAGUUAACAGUCCACCUGGGGAAGCACAUGGAGCAGUUGGCCAUGCCCGUUCUGGCACUUGCGAGGCAGAGCUGCGCCUUCCCUGCCCAGGGCCAGCCGGUGGGGAUCGAGGGCAGCGGAUCCGCCGCGGAGUCGCAGCACCCGCACCAGCACCAGCACCCGCACCCCUCCACCUCCUCCGUCUCCUCCUCCUCCGCCGCCUCCCUCGCCGCAGGACCAUUUCACGGCCAGCAGAACGCGCCCGCGACUGGUCCGGCGCCCAGCCAAGCCCAACCCCAAACCUACCUCGAUCUCCCAAGCUUCAAUUUCACCACCAUGACUGACGGCGCACUCUCCAUGGAGCCCGACUCGAUGCUCGAAUCCCAGCCGCCGGGCGAUCCGCAGUUCCCGGGGUACGCUCUGGGCAGUAUCGGCCCUUUCGACCCCCAUGCCCAAGCCCAAGCCCAAGCCACGGCCACGCUCCACCCGCAAGGCCACGCCCACCCGCCCCACCCCCUGCAUCAGGGCUCGGUCUCAUACCCACCGCUCUACACGCGCUCCCCCGACCCAGCCGCUGCGAAUGCGCACUCGUUCUCUGUCACUUCCCACCUGCCACCGCAGGCUCAAGAGCCGGUGCCGACUCAGUGUCAGGCUCCGGGCUCGCUCUACCCCACACCACAGCCGGGUUACUCGGCGUACCAACCCGUGGCGCCGAAUCGUUCGUACCCAUCAGGUCUGUAUCCUUCGAGUUAUUCCUCGCAGAUGGGGUGA